AUGGAAAGUGCAGACUAAUCUAAAGAGAAUAAUCUUUACCUUGAGAAGAAUACUGAGUUGAGACAGUUACUUGAAGCCUUAUCAUUUGAGAUCAGAAACAAGCGCCCUAAAAACAUUGUAAAAUAUUUCAAUCAUUCAGAAAAUAAUUCUUAUAUCUAGCCAUAAUUUUUACUGAACUACUUGAGCUUUAAUUAUGGGGAAAGAGCUACAAUUGCCAACAGAUAACUCGAAUCCUCACUGUAGUCUGAGCUCAAGAGACUUGAGGCACUUUAGGACGAUGACGAUUAUAUUGAUAUCUUGCCAGAGCAGGUAGUUAAAAAUGCCAAGAAAGGUCCACGUACUUCAGUGAGUGCUGAGGCAUUUGGUCACUGGAAUAAGAAAAGUGAUUUUAAAGCAAGAAUCGUACAAAAAUCUGAAGAGACGAAAGAUAAAAUCAGAUAGAGACUAGGACAAUCGUUCCUCUUCAAUUCACUGAAUACUGAUGAGUUUAAGAUCGUAGUUGAUGCUAUGGAAGAAAAGAGAUACAGUGCUGGACAGAACAUCAUUCAGUAAGGGGAAGACGGUUAUGAAUUAUUUGUUGUUGAGUAAGGUAAACUAUCAUGCUUUAGAUUGUUCCCUGGAAACUCAUAAGCCACGUUCUUGAAACAUUACGAGGCAGGAGAUGCCUUUGGAGAGCUGGCCCUGUUAUACAAUGCUCCUAGAGCGGCAACUAUUACUGCUGACACAGAAUGCCUUUUGUGGUGUCUCGACAGAGAGACUUUCAACCAUAUUGUUAAAGAUUCAUCUAGAAACAGAAGAGAAAAAUACGAGUCAUUUUUGGCAAAAGUAAAAAUCCUUGAGAGCAUGGAUUCUUACGAGAGAUCGACUUUAUCUGAUGCCUUUGUGGAGGAGGUAUUUAAAGCAGGCAAUCAUGUAAUAAGAGCUGGUGACGAGGGAAAUAAAUUCUAUUUGAUUGAAGAGGGAGAGUUAAUUGCUACCAAGCAAAUGGCAAAUAAUGAAGAGGCAAAGGAAGUCAUGAAAUAUAAAGCUGGUGAUUAUUUCGGAGAGAGAGCAUUGAUUUAAAAUGAACCAAGAGCUGCCAAUGUAAUUGCUAAAACCGAUUGCAAAUUAGUAAGUUUGGAUAGACACAGCUUCAAGAGGUUAAUGGGACCACUUGACACUAUUCUAAUAAGAAAUAUGGAGGUCUACGAAGCAUAUAAAGCCACUGAUUCAAAGAAAGGAAAAUUAUGA